GAACAAGCGGUUUGGUAGAGGAGUGCAUAGACCUUGGCUGGAUAAACCGAUCCGUUAUUAUACAUUGCUUUGAGAAGGACCUUGUUACUCGUGAGCAAGCCGGCAAUUCCAAGUCGCGUGCCCAAGUAUCUAAAUCUCCCUCCGGCACGUCAUAACUGACAUUUUCUCCCCGCAAUCCCGCCGACUCCUAAACUCAUAUACUUGCUCAGAAGUCCUUUAAUUGGGCGGUUCCUGAGACCAUUUCCGGGAGUACUAGGCAUCUUCUAUCCUCUUUUCUUUUUCUCUUCAUCUCUCGUUUCGCCGAGAAGCCUUCACAGAUAUCCCAGUGCGGUAAAUCUACCUCCGGCCAAGGAAACGGAACCCACUUUCAUUCACGCCUUCCCGCUCUGCUACCCGUCCCAAUUCUCGCUCGCUAUCGAUAGACCGACCGAACCAUACCGACGACCACAAUCCCGCCCUCGAUUGAGGUCUCUCCACGUCCACAAUGUCCGCAACGCUCUGCCUCGGUGCCCAAUGGGGCGACGAAGGCAAAGGCAAACUCGUCGACAUCCUCGCAGCCUCGACCUCGCUCUGCUGCCGCGCCCAGGGCGGUAACAACGCCGGCCACACCAUCGUCGCCAACGGCAUCACGUACGAUUUCCACAUCCUGCCUUCCGGCCUGAUCAACCCCUCGUGCAUCAACCUCGUGGGCAGCGGGUGCGUGGUGCACAUCCCGAGCUUUUUCAAGGAGUUGGAGGCGCUCGAGAAGCAUGGGUUGGAUACCAAGGAUAGGAUCUUCGUGAGCGAUAGGGCGCAUGUGGUGCUGGAUUUGCAGCAGGUGGUGGACGGGUUGGAGGAGGUGGAGUUGGGGACGGGUUUGAUUGGGACCACGAAGAAGGGCAUUGGCCCAACCUACAGCAGCAAGAUGACCCGCAGCGGCAUCCGCAUAUGCGACAUUUUCGACGAGGCGAUCUUCGAGCAGAAAUUCAGGCGCAUAGUACACGGCUACCAGAAGCGCUUUGGGGACUUGCUGAAGUAUGACCCGGAGGCCGAGCUGGAGAAAUUCAAGGAGCUCCGCGCCAAACUCGCUCCCUACGUCAUCGACCAGAUCCCCCUCCUCGAAUCCGCCAAAGCGAAGAAAGCCCCCAUCCUCGUCGAGGGCGCAAACGCCCUCAUGCUCGACAUCGACCACGGCACCUACCCCUUCGUCACUUCGUCGAACACCGGUCUCGGCGGCGUCAUCACGGGCCUGAAUCUGGGCUGGCGCUCCAUCAAGGAGGUCAUCGGCGUCGUGAAGGCGUAUACCACGCGUGUUGGAUCCGGCCCCUUCCCCACGGAACAGCUCAACGAAAUCGGCUCUACCCUCCAAUCCGUCGGCCACGAAGUCGGCGUCACGACGGGCCGCAAGCGCCGCUGCGGCUGGCUCGACCUCGUCGUGCUCCGCCACUCGCACGCCUGCAACGACUACACGCUGCUCAACCUGACCAAGCUCGACGUGCUCGACGGCUUCGCCGAGAUCCAGGUCGGCGUCGCCUACACGUACAACGGGCAGGAGCUGGACGGGUUCCCCGCGAACCCAGAGGUGCUGAAUAACGUCGAGGUGCGGUAUGAGACGUUGCCCGGUUGGAAGGGGAAGAGCACGACGCAGGCGCGGAGUUGGUACGAUUUGCCCCUGAAUGCGAGGAAGUAUGUCGAGUUUAUCGAGGAGAGGGUUGGCGUCAAGAUUAAGUGGAUUGGCGUCGGGCCGGGCCGGGAGCAUAUGAUUACACGGUCAUGAUAGAGGUAGAGAAGAGAGGAGACGGACCUGCGUGCUCUCAUCCCGGAUGUGGAUGGGGAAUGGGGCGGCUAUAGUACCCGUUCCCUUGGGCUUGAUAUCUCGUUUUUUUUCCCCUUCUCGAGUAGAUACGCGUUUCCGACUUUGCGAUGUGCAAAGUCACACCGAGCGAAAAACCAAGCGAAGCAUAUAGAGCAUAGAUCUUGUCAUCAAUGAAUCCCUUCUAUCCG